UCAAGUUAACCCUGGUGCUCGUUAUGGUGAAUAAUAUUGACAUUAUUAUCAUUUUCUCAUUCAUUUGCGGGCAUUUCCUUUAUAUGUUUUGGUGCAAUUACUCUGGACAGGAAUUAAUAAAUCACAGCGCCCAAGUAUACUAUCAGGCAUAUAACGCACAAUGGUACAUGUCUGCCGUGCAUAAUCAAAAAAUGUUAAUACUGAUAUUACGCAGAAGCGCUAAACCUCUUUUAUUCAGCAUUUCUAAUGUAUUUGUGGGUUCCUUGGAAGGUUUUGGGACGCUUGUGAGUAUGUCUUUGAGUUACUUCACAGUGAUUUACUCUGUUCGAUGAAACCAAGAACAAUACAGCAUAACAAAUGUCUACGAUUGCGGGGAAAGUAAAUGGAAAUAGUUUUACAAAAAUAUUUUACUUCAUUUCUGUCAGAAAUAAAAAUCAACAGUAGAUCGUUGUAUAUAUUUUUAUCAAAACCAAGGUACCUUGUUUGUCCUAACGAUCAUUUGCAUUACGGCCAGUGCCAAAGCAGUUAUCAUCGAUGGCGGCAAAAUCAUCGGUGGAAAUGGAAAUAUUGACAUCAGAGGGCAAUAGAGGACGAAAGAAUUUUAUCUGAAUAAAAAUAGAUGUCAUGAUGCCAAGAACCUUUUUAUGCUUAUUAUAGAAGAAGAAGAGAAAAAUUGAGCUGCAGAGGAAAAACGAUAUAAAUAUAAGGAAAUAUAUAAAGUAUUGGCUAAUAUUAAGUUAGCAGAACCACAUUAAAAAAAAAAGAGAAAAACAAAAACAAGAGUAGAAAUGGAAAGGGCUGAAUUUCUAUUCAUUUGUACCACUAACUAAAAUUUUGUACCACAUACUAUUUAAAAAAAAAAAGGUGAUCCUACUAGCUUAAAAUUAAUAGGAUCACAUUAAGAAAAAGAAGAAGAAAAAACAAAAACGAAGUUAGAAAUGUAAAGUACUGAAUUUGUACUAAUUUGUACCAUCAAAAAUAUUUAAUAUAUUGAUGCAUUUCGAUUGAAACAACCCCCAAAUGAAAUUAACUAUAACAAACUCAAGAAUAAAGUAUCUUUUGUCACAAUCAGAAACAACAUAGCAGAAGCGCAUUAAUUUGUAGCUUUUAAAUAUGAAAUUUGAGACUUUGUACUCUCGCCCUUACUUGGAAAACCACUCCCGACUCUUAAUCAGCACAAGAGUAAAGUAUACUUUUCUGCGAAUAGAAUCAACCGGUAUUCACGCACCAGAAGUGCAAUAAUUUGUAACUUUCAAAUAUGAAAUUUGAAAUUUUAUAACAUGGUAACCAUACGUAACAUGGUCAAUAAAUAAGACAUAGCCCCGAAUGAACGUACUCCUAAUUGACCCGUCGAAUUUAAUCAGAAAAUAAACUUCGAAAAAAAAGUUUUCGUGUCAGCACAAACAUUUAGCCCUUUUUGAAUUUAAUCAUAUAACUUUUGUAGUAUUCUCUACUCAUGUGCUUGUUAAAGCCCGUAAAUAUAACACAAUUCAUGCUAGACCAGUUACAUAAGAGAAACGGAAAAAACAUUUCUGAAGCGCGGCUCUCUAUUUCGGUCGGCAGACUUGAUGAUAAUUAUCAAUUCAAAAUGUCUAAUUCCUUGCAAAUGAAAGCAGUAAAUAGCGCUACUUAUUUUACUGAUAAUUGAUGUAACAUCUUAUGCCUAAGAAAAUUACCACAAUUAAAAUAUAUCGGAAGGGUCAAUAUAUAUAUAUAUAUAUAAGUGCGUCAGGGACUGAAAAUGGGCCAUUUACCUUAAAUUCGGAUCUUCGAAUUGUAACGAUGAUAACGAAAAUCGCGAUUGUCACAUAUAAAUAACGACUGUUGUCAAUCACAUGUAAAUAAGAAAAUACAAAAGAAACUUCUUGUUUCAACUUACUA